CCCCCGCUUGGCGGGAGCGCACGGCCCCUACCCGCGGCGAAAGUGGCGUCCCCACCCCCCAGCGCCGGCCGCCCCCUCGCCGUCCCCGCGCUGCCCCUCCUCCGUCCCGCCCCCAGCGCCCGGUCGCGAGCGCCGCAGUGGCCGCCGCCUGCACCGCCCGGGCGGGAGCCGGCGCUGUACCCGCUCGCCUAGGCACUCGGAGCGGCUCGCCGGCGGCCCGGCUCUCCCGUCCGACUCCACGCCGGCCUCGGGGAGCCCCGGCCGCCGCCCCGCCGCCCCACUCUGCUUGCGGCCCGCGGAGCUCCGCGUCGCGGGAACUUGGGCAGGACUCCGACGGUACCGGGGCGCGGGGCGCGGGGCUGGACCGGAGCCCUGCGGCUAUGUCCGGUGACCUCCUCCCUGACAGUCACUUUUCCUGUGCCCGGGUCCUGCCCCCGACGGCCGCGCGUUGAGAUGACUUUCCGCGAUCUACUGAGCGCCGGUUUCGAGGGACCCCGCCCGAACAGCAGCGGCGCCUCGGGCUCCAGCGCGGGCGGCGGAGGGGGCGGUGCGGGCGGCGCCGCCGCCUCGGAGGGCCCGGCGGUGGGCGGCGUGCCGGGGGCCGCGGGCGGCAGCGGCGGCGGCGGCAGCGUGGUGGGCGCGGGCAGUGGCGAGGACAACCAGAGCUCCCCCGGGGAGCCGGGGGCCGCGGGCGCCGGCGGCGAGGUGAACGGCACGGCGGCCGUCGGGGGUCUGGUGGUGAGCGCGCAGAGCGUGGGCGUGGGCGUCUUUCUGGCCGCCUUCAUCCUCCUGGCCGUGGCGGGCAACCUGCUUGUCAUCCUCUCGGUGGCCUGCAACCGCCACCUGCAGACGGUCACCAACUAUUUCAUCGUGAACCUGGCCGUGGCCGACCUGCUGCUGAGCACCACGGUGCUGCCCUUCUCGGCCACCAUGGAGGUUCUGGGCUUCUGGGCCUUCGGCCGGGCCUUCUGCGACGUGUGGGCCGCCGUGGACGUGCUGUGCUGCACGGCCUCUAUCCUCAGCCUCUGCACCAUUUCGGUGGACCGGUACGUGGGCGUGCGCCACUCACUCAAGUACCCCACCAUCAUGACGGAGCGCAAGGCGGCCGCCAUCCUGGCGCUGCUCUGGGCUGUGGCCCUCGUGGUGUCGGUGGGGCCCCUGCUGGGCUGGAAGGAGCCGGUGCCCCCCGACGAGCGCUUCUGCAGCAUCACCGAGGAGGUGGGCUACGCCGUCUUCUCCUCGGUGUGCUCCUUCUACCUGCCCAUGGCCGUCAUCAUAGUCAUGUACUGCCGCGUGUACGUGGUAGCACGCAGCACCACGCGCAGCCUGGAGGCAGGCGUCAAGCGGGAGCGGGGCAAGGCCUCCGAGGUGGUGCUGCGCAUCCACUGUCGUGGCGCCGCCUCGGGUACGGACGGGGCGCACCGAGGGUUGCGCAGCGCCAAGGGCCACACCUUCCGCAGCUCGCUGUCGGUGCGCCUGCUCAAGUUCUCCCGCGAGAAGAAGGCUGCCAAGACGCUGGCCAUCGUCGUGGGAGUCUUCGUGCUCUGCUGGUUCCCCUUCUUCUUCGUCCUGCCACUUGGUUCCCUGUUCCCGGAGCUGAAGCCCUCGGAGAGCGUCUUCAAGGUCAUCUUCUGGCUCGGCUACUUCAACAGCUGCGUGAACCCGCUCAUCUACCCCUGCUCCAGCCGCGAGUUCAAGCGCGCCUUCCUGCGCCUCCUGCGCUGCCAGUGCCGGCGCCGCCGGCGCCGCCGCCCCCUCUGGCGGGUCUACGGCCACCACUGGCGGGUCUCAACUGGCGGGCCGCGCCCCGACUGCGCCCCCAGCCCGGGUGCUGCGCUCCCCGGGGCCGCGCUGGCCCUCACCGAGCUCGCCGCCCCCGGCUCCCCAGGCACACCCGAGGUGCAGGCUGCCGUCGCCGGCCGCGCAAAGCCGUGCGCUUUCCGCGAGUGGAGGCUGCCCGGGCCGUUCCGGAGGCCCACCACCCAGCUGCGGGCCAAGGUCUCCAGCCUGUCGCACAAGAUCCGCGCCGGGAGCGCACAGCGCACGGAGGCCGCCUGCGCCCUGCGCUCCGAGGUGGAGGCUGUGUCCCUCGGCGUCCCCCACAACGUCGUGGAGGGCGCCACCUGUCAGGACUACGAACUGGCGGACUGCGGCGACCUCCGGGAGACUGACAUCUAAGGACCCCCAGAGCUA